AUGGUGCACCUCGUCCGGCCGCGUCCCCCACCCGCACUGCUCCUCCACGCCCCGCCGCCGCCGCCGCUCGCCAGCACGCUGCUGCUGCCCCUCCUCCCGCCGCCCGCGCUCGCCUCGCUCCUGCUCGCUGCCGUCGACUCCUCCGCGUCACUCCGGCACCUCCGCAGCCUCCACGCGCUCCUCCUCCGCCUGCCGCUCCAGCCCCGCUCCCAGCCCUACCUCCUCUCCCGCCUCCUCCGCCGCCUCGCCGCCCUCCCGCCCCCGCACGCCCCGCUCCCCUACGCGCUCUCCGUCUUCUCCGCGCACACCCCCCCGGACCCCUUCCUCGCCGCCGCGCUCCUCCGCUUCGCGCUCCUCACGCAGCCGCCGCUGACCCCCUUCCGCGUCUUCUCCCGCCUCCUCGGCAUCACCCACGGCGGCCACCUCCCCUUCCUCCCGUUCGCCUUCUCCCCGCUCGCCAAGUCCGCCGCGGCCGCCCGCUCCCUCCCCGCCGCCGAGGCCGCGCACGCGGUCUCGAUCCUCGUCGGCGGGUUCGACAAGCACCGGUAUGUCGAGAACUCCCUGAUCGGCGCCUACGUCGCCUGUGGCGACGUAACCGCUGCACGUAAGGUGUUCGAUGAAAUGGUGGUGAAGGAUGCCAUCUCCUGGACAAGCAUCGUGGUGGCGUAUUCCAGGAGCGGGGACAUGGGUUCCGCGGAGGAGGUGUUCGCGCAGUGCCCGGAGAAGGACUUGGUGGCAUGGACAGCGAUGGUGACCGGGUACGCUCAAAACUCCAUGCCGAUGAAGGCGUUGGAAGUGUUUGAGCGGAUGGCCGCGCUCGGCGUGGGCAUUGACGAGGUCUCCUUGACGGGUGCGAUCUCGGCUUGCGCUCAGCUUGGUGCGGUGAGGCGUGCCGCUUGGGUUAAGGAGAUCGCGGAGAGGGGUGGUUUUGGGAGCAACGUGGUUGUCGGGUCGGGGUUGGUGGAUAUGUUUGCAAAGUGCGGGCUUAUCGAUGAAGCACGCAGUGUUUUUCAUGGGAUGCAGGAGAAGAAUGUGUACACGUAUAGCUCGAUGAUUGUUGGUCUAGCUGCUCAUGGGAGGGCAACGGAGGCGAUUGCUUUCUUCAAGGACAUGGUUAGGAGGGCUGAUGUGGUGCCCAACCAUGUGACCUUUAUAGGGCUAUUGACGGCUUGCAGCCAUGCAGGGAUGGUUAGAGAUGGGCGCUACUACUUUGCACAGAUGAAGGACAAAUAUGGGAUAUCGCCAUCUCCAGAUCACUAUACUUGUAUGGUCGACUUGCUUGGUCGUGCUGGAUUGGUGGAUGAAGCUUUUGGUCUUGUGAGGUCAAUGUCCGUGGAGCCUCACGGUGGUGUGUGGGGAGCGCUGCUUGGGGCUUGUCGGAUCCAUGGGAAUACUGAAGUUGCCAAGGUUGCGGCUGAGCAUCUUUUUAAGCUUGAGCCAGAGGGUAUAGGGAACUACGUGCUGUUAUCGAAUACACUUGCAUCGGCAGGAAAAUGGGAUGAAGUCUCCAAGGUUCGGAAGCUAAUGAGAAGCCGGAGGCAAAAGGAUCCUGCUGUGAGCUGGUUUGAAGGUAGAGACGGUCUGGUCCAUCAAUUCUUUGCUGGUGAUAACUCACAUCCGAGGACCAAUGAAAUAAAGAAGGCAUUAAUAGAGCUAGUAGCAAAACUGAAGCAAGCUGGUUAUGUGCCAAUCCUGAGUUCUAUUGUUUAUGAUGUGAGCAAUGGAGAGAAAGAGCGGAUUUUAAUGGGGCACAGUGAGAAACUUGCUCUCUUGUUUGGAUUGCUGACUCUUGGAUCUAGAUGCACAAUUCGAAUAGUAAAAAAUCUAAGGAUCUGUGAGGACUGUCAUUUGUUUAUGCGACUAGUUUCAAGAGUUGAGCAUGUUGACAUUAUAGUCAGAGACAAUAUGAGAUUCCAUCAUUUCAAAGAUGGAGAAUGCUCAUGUGGUGGAUUCUGGUGAAAGCAGAUAAACAAAUAACAUGGCAGAAUAGGAACUUUGGUGUUUGAUUGCAAAAGGUCCCACAAUCAUUCUGAACUUCUGUACGUGAACUUACAUGGGUGAUGCAGAUAAACAAGAAUGCAAAUAACAAAGCACUGCGCAUGGUAGGUUAGCCAAAACUCCUUUCAGGGCAUUGGUAAAUAUACGUAUUGCAGGAGGACGGAAGUCUAGUAAUUUCCUACUCGUUCUUGUCUCUUUCAGUCUGAGUAAUAGUGGGAAGAAAAAUAAGAAAUGAAUUGCUGCCAAUGUUUGCUAUCUUCACACUAGAUUGGCGUGCUCCUAGCAAGUUCUUGUGCUUGAUAACCU